GUAGCACUUUUGGUGGCUGUUUGGUGACGGGUGGGAGGUGCACGGGCAAAGCAGAGCAGGCCAUUUGGCAGUCACAAAGGGCUGGACGUCGGGUUCCAAAGCACCCGGGUUAUAUUCGCGGGAAUUACUGCGGCUGCCCAGGCAAGCGCGAGGCAUACGGGCGAGUAGAACGGAGCAUCAACGGGGGCAUCAAGUCAUAUUUCCAGGUUCUUUUCAUCGGGAGUUGGGAUCUUAGAGAGUAUGUGGUUGAGGUUAGGCGAGUGAAUGAUAGGCUGAUGUUUAUUAAGUUGGUGAUCGGUGAAUGCACCCUCAAUGUCGUUAGCACUUACGCGCCGCAAGCGGGCUUGGAUGAGGAGGUUAAGAGGCGCUUUUGGGAGGGCUUGGACGCGAUUGUGCGCAGUAUUCCACCUACUAAAAGGUUAUUUAUUGGAGGUGAUUUUAAUGGCCAUAUUGGGGCGGCUGUUGGUAGUUAUGGCGAGGUACAUGGUGGCUUUGUCUUUGGGGAUAGGAACGGAGGAGGUACUUCGCUGUUAGACUUCACUAAGGUUUUCGAGCUGGUGAUUGCGAACUCGACUUUUCCGAAAAGGGAGGAGCAUAUGGUCACUUUCCGGAGUUCGGCGGUGAAGACUCAGAUCGAUUACCUUCUCCUCAGAAGGUGUGAUAGAGGGUUGUGCAAGGAUUUCAAGGUUAUCCCGGGAGAGACCCUCGCGACUUAG